UGAUUUCUCAGGUAGCCGUCACCGAGAGAGUCUCGAGCGAUCCCGGACUUCCUCGUUCAUGGACGUCACGCGCUGCAGCAGCUGAGCGCUCUGAGGUGAAACUCACGACAAACAGCGACUUCAUAGAGUCCAUAAACAAAGCAAGAUGAAUGAAAAGAGAGUUAAGGAACCUGAGGAAGUUGUAGUGGCCGUGAUGCCAAAACAAGAUCUGAGCUGGAUUCCAAAUUUAUUGAAGAAGAGAGUGUGCACAACAUUUGUGGAGGACUCUUUCAGCAAUGGUGGUCGGUGUCAGUGUGGGGCCACGCGGGACUCCCAUCCUUCAGUGGCCUUGGGCGAUAACUUCAGCACGGCUAUCGUCAGUCACUGGGACAGCAUACAGCACUCCUCCGAGCAGCCCACAGAUGCCUAUGGAGAGCUGGAGUUUGCCGGGUCCGGCAAAAGACACAGCUAUUUCUUGCGUCUCUCCAGCACCACAGUUCCUUCUGUGGUCUUUGAUAUCAUGAGACAGCACUGGAAACUGGGGCAGCCCAACCUGGUGGUGUCAGUGGUUGGCGGUGAAGGAAGGUCAAAGGUCAAGAGCUGGGUGCGAGAGGUCUUGAGGCAGGGGCUGGUUAAAGCAGCACAGAGUACAGGAGCGUGGAUCAUAACCUCAGGGCUGAAGGAAGGCAUCGGCAAGUGUGUAGGAGAGGCAGUAAGAGAUCACGCCACUGCAGUGUCUUCUGUCAGUUUAAAUAAAGUGGUUCCUAUUGGCAUUGCUCCUUGGGGAAUGGUACAUAAUCGCCAGCAGCUCGUUGACCCUGAGGGAAGUUUCCCUGCUAAGUAUUUUGUCCAAAGCACUUCACGUGGCACUUACUCUCUGGAUACUAACUACAAGGCUUUCCUUCUGGUGGACGAUGGGACCGAAGGACGUAAAGGUGGGGAGUUCGGAUUCAGAGGCCGUCUGGAGGAUUACAUUUCACGUCAGCGCCCAGCAGGCAGUGCAAGCAUUGACAUUCCUGUUCUGAAUAUGCUGAUAUCUGGAGAAGUUUCCAUGGUGGAGGCAUUAGAAAUCUCUCUGAAGAAUUCAAUGCCCUGGUUGGUCCUGGCUGAUUCAGGUGGGCUUGCUAAUCUUGUGAGCGACAUUGUGGAGAAUGUGCAGUCUGAUCCGAUGUGUGCGUUUGGAGGAGCAGAGAAGGAGGAAGGGUCUCCCAACAUGGAGCUAAGAGAACGCAUAACCACGAAAGUAAAGAAACAGUUUCCUUCAGAGCAAGACAUGGAUAAGCUUGUUGAUAAGGUUUUAAGCAUCUACCAGAAGAAAGACCUCAUCUCCAUUUAUCACGCAGAAGGAACGGAUGAUUUUGACACUGUGAUGCUUAAAGUGCUUGUUCAAGCGAGUAAACAUCGGGUUUCGGUGACUACUAACCCCUAUGUGGAUGAGUUGAAGCUGGCUGUAACCUGGAACAGGGUGGACAUUGCCAAGAGUGAACUGUUCAGUGGAAACAUUGACUGGAAGUAUGAAGAUCUUGAAGAAUCCAUGACUGAUGCCCUGGAGAACAAUAAACCCCAAUUUGUGCGUCUCUUCAUUGACAACGGUCUAAACAUUUUGAACUACCUGACUUACGGCCGACUGGAGGGUCUUUAUGACUCCAUCUCUAAAACCUCUCAGGCCGGCGUGCUGCUGCAGCAUCUCCUGGAAGAGCGCAUUAACGAGUCCAGUGAUAAGACAUGCCGUGUCAGCAUUUAUGAGGUGAGUCUGUUACUGGAGUAUCUUUUGGGAGAGGUGUGCCAGCCCUUCUAUAGGUCUUUGUUCAAAGUGGAUGCAGCAUCUACCAGAAGAAAAGCUUUGAAGAGGGUUUGCAAGGCCCUAAAGGAGGAGCACUCGUAUCAGCAAAGCAUGUGCAGGCACCCGUGGUUAUGUCUCUUCCUCUGGGCGGUGCUGCAGAACCGUGGUGAAAUGGCGAUCUUAUGCUGGGAAAUGUGUGGUGAGUCUGUUCUGACGGCUCUGGGAGGAUGCAAAAUACUGAGGGAGCUGUCUAAACUGGAGACUGAGACAGAUGCUAAGCUCCCCAUGAAGGAGUUGGCCACAAAGUUUGAGUUUAUGGCUCAUGAUGUGUUCGGCACUUGCUACCAAACCAAAGCAAGUUAUUCCUACAAACUGCUGAUCCGCAAAUCAAAUCUGUGGGGUGAUGCCACCUGUCUGAAGAUGGCCAUGGCUGCUGAUGCCCGUUAUUUCUUCAGCCACGAUGGAGUACAGUCCCUGCUGUCUCAGAUCUGGUGGGGUGACAUGGAAAGAGGAACAGAGCUCUGGAAACUCGCGCUAACGAUGAUCAUUCCUCCUCUCGUCUACACAAACCUCAUCAAGUUCAAAAAAGAAGAGAAUGCAGAAGAAGUUAAAUCAGUGAUGGCACCUCCACCUUCAGCAACAGACUGUAAUUACGGAGAGACUGUUUUCUCCUUCGCUGACAUCAAACACCACAGUGAAGGCGAUCACGAGGACUCAAAUAACAUCAGGCGUCCAACAAAAGCAGGUACUGCUACAAGUUUCCGAUCCAAGAAGAUCCCAUUUUGGGUUUCCCGGUGGAAGCAGUUCUGGUACGCCCCUGUCACUUCAUUCAUUGGCAACGUUGUGACGUACUUCCUCUUCCUGUUUCUGUACGCCUACGUGCUAUUGGUCGACUUCAAGCAGCCUCCGCCUGAAGGCCCUGCUGCUUCUGAGUAUGUGCUGUAUUUCUGGGUGUUCACGAUCGUCUGCGAGGAGAUUCGAGAGACAUUCAUUGUGGGGAAUAAGAAGUUUUGUCAGAGGUUGAUGCUGUAUAUUCAGGAUGUUUGGAAUAAGUUUGAUGUUCUUGCCAUUUCCCUCUUUAUUGCUGGAUUGUGCUGCAGGAUGUUCCGUUUUUCAUUCAACAUGGGACGCGGUAUACUGUGUAUGGACUACAUGGUCUUCACGCUCCGACUCAUCCAUAUUUUUGCCAUUCACAGACAGCUGGGUCCCAAAAUCAUCAUACUUGGCAAAAUGAUAAAGGAUGCAUUCUUCUUCUUAUUCUUCCUGGCGGUGUGGCUGAGUGCGUAUGGAGUGGCCAAUCAAGCUCUAUUGUACCAAUACGACCCAAGCCCUGACAGAGCGUUUCGAAGAGUCUUGUACAGACCAUAUUUGCAUAUAUUUGGACAGAUUCCUGUGGAAGAAAUAGACACUGGAAAGAAUUGGGAUAGAGACUGCACCGAUAAUCUGACACUGAUUAAUGAAGGGAAAGAGCCAUGUAGAGACACCAGCCACAACUGGCUUGUGGUCAUUUUGCUGGUCAUAUUCCUGCUAGUCACCAACAUCCUUCUAGUCAACCUGCUCAUCGCCACAUUCAGCUACACCUUCUCUAAGGUUCAGGAGCGCAGCGACACAUACUGGAAGUUUCAGCGGUAUAAUCUGAUAGUGGAGUAUCAUUCCCGUCCAACACUCGCUCCACCGUUCAUCAUCCUAUCCCACAUCAACCUCUUAAUCAAAAGAAACUUACGCAAAGUUCCAUCCACCAAAAUCCACCGAUUUGCACUGCAGUUAAAGGGUAAAGAUGCUAACAAGCUGGUGAAAUGGGAGACCUUCCAGAAGGAGAAUUUUCUGACUAUCGAGAGCAAAAAACAAAGAGGGACUGACUCUGAGAGGCUAAAGCGCAUGACUGCUAAAGUGGAUGGUAUCAUUAAACAGGUUGGUGAGAUCAGAGAUGUUGACCGCAGACUGCGAGCACUAGAAUCCGAUAUGGAGUUCUGCACAUCUUCUCUUCAGUGGAUUAUGGAAGCUCUGUCUCAGAGCAGUACAGUGAAGAGCCCUAAAUCACACCCGACUCGCAAAGCUGUCAUUUCAGCCUCCAUCGAGAAAUGAAAAA